AUGCGUCUCUUUCUUUCUUUUCUUGCACUUGCGACCUUGGCGAAUGCUGCAAACGUGCAACGUCAACUCCCUGGCUUCCCAUCCUGCGCAACGAACUGCUUGAACAAUCCUACAACCUUAGGUGGUUGUUCAAUCGCGGAUGAGAAAUGCCUCUGUCAGAGUGUUCCCUACCUACAGUCGACACUCGCUUGCAUCAACGCCGCCUGCCCUUCCCCUGAAGACCAACAGAAAUCCAUCGUCGGCGCCGAGAAUCUCUGUUCAAACUUUGGUGUCACUAUCACCAGCCAAUCCGCCGCUAUCUUUGGUGGGCUUUCGACUGUCGCCAACUCUCCCUCAGGCGUUAGCGGCGGUUCCUCUGGACCAUCGAGUCCUGCUCCAAGUCCACCAGCACCAUCCAAGGGCUCUGCCACGAAUCUAAAAGUUGGUGGAUUGACGUAUCUGCCCGCCAUUGUAGUACCUGCUUUUGCUGUCUUUCUGUAA